AUGGCAGUCCCCAGCACGAAAAGGUCUUUUCUAUUUCAAUUCUUCGUGAUCAUCAUCUUGUUAUUGGUAAAAAUUAGAGUGUUGAGGGCUUUAUCUUUCAACCUCUCCAGUUUCCGUUCUAAUGGGGAAAACAUGACAUACCAGACAGCUUACCCACAAAACCAAGUAAUUCUGCUUGCCUCAGGAACUGGCAUGGUUGGCCGGGCGACAUAUUAUAAACCUCUGCACCUUUGGGACAAUGCCACUGGAAAUCUCACAGACUUUACCACCCGUUUCACUUUUGUCAUCGAUUCUCAAAAUAGAAGUACUUAUGGAGAUGGGUUGGCCUUCUUUUUGGCGCCUCAGGGUUCAAUGAUUCCGGUGAACGCAACGAGAGGAGGAUCUUUUGGUCUUGCAAAUGAUGAUGAGCGAUUAAAUUCAACAUCCAAUCCGUUUGUUGCAAUUGAGUUUGAUAUUUAUGAAAAUUACUAUGAUCCGCCCGGCGUCCCUGAACAUGUAGGUAUCGACAUCAACUCUUUGCAUUCUUUGAAAACUGUGCCAUGGUGGAGUGAUGUCAAGGGUGGAAGAAGGAACGAGGCAUGGAUCAAUUAUAAUUCUAGUACAAAGAAUUUGACAGUUGAAUUCACUGGUUUUAGAAAUGGUACCAUUGUGAAGCAGUACCUCGAUUAUAAAGUCGAUUUGAGGCUUUAUUUACCUGAGUUUGUAACUUUCGGUUUCUCAGGAGCAACUGGAAAUGCAACUGCAACUCAUACAAUUAACUCGUGGGAGUUCAGAUCAAGCUUAGAAGACAGUGAUUCAACUAAUACAGGAAUAGCGGUAAACCCAAAUCUUUCUGCAGGUAGGAAGAGCAGCAAAACAGGACUGGGAGUGGGAUUGGGUAUUGGUGGCAUAGUUAUUUCAAUUAUUUUAUUAGACUAUCUCACCAUUUUAGUAAAGUGA